AUGAUCCUGAGGAAGAAUCCUUCUGCUCUUCAAAAUUCAACAGCUCAAAGUCCUCAAGCUGUUGUUGCUGCUAAAACUACCUCUCAUCCGAUGCAAACAUCCUACCCUCCUCAAGUUACUUACCCUCAAUCAUCCUACCCGCCACAAGCAUCCAACCCUCCUCAAGCAUCCUACCCUCCUCAAGCAUCCUACCCUCCACCAGCAUCAUACCCUCCUACACCAUCCAACCCUCUACCAGGAUCCUACCCUCCUCAAGCAUCCUACCCGCCACCAGGAUCCUACCCGCCACAAGCAUCCUACCCUCCACCAGUAUCCUACCCUCCUCAAGCAUCCUACCCGCCACCACAAGCAUCCUACCCUCCCCAAGCAUCCUACCCUCCUCAAGCAUCCUACCCGCCACCACAAGCAUCCUACCCUCCCCAAGCAUCCUACCCUCCUCAAGCAUCCUACCCGCCACCACAGGCAUCCUACCCUCCUCCACCAUCUUACCCACCUCCAGGUCAUAACUCUCCUAUACUCGAAGCGGACGCUCAAACUCCUCAACCUACUGAAUGA